UCUCUCCUCCCCACUGCACUGAGACGCGGACCGACGUCAUCCGUCCUGGUUUGUAGCAGUCUGGGAAUCAUCUGCUCAUCGCAGCUAGUCUGCUCUCUCUCUCAAUUAUAAACCAAACCGCAACAGGUUCAGAACGACGCCAGUGUUCUAGGUUGGGAAUUAAGGAAUAACGUCGUUAAAGGAGGGAUUUGUCCUAAACUAGGAAGAUGAUGAAACGAGCAGCUCCUGAAGCUGCCGCUACCCUCCUUUGCAUUGAACGCAGCAGCCCUUGGCUGAUGAUGUAGGACGGACGGAAGAAAUCCUGUGAUAUCCUUCAUCGAAGUCCACCCCCCCACCCCCCCGGGAAGCACAGGGUAGAGGAUGAAGGAGCAGGAACCUCUGGAAGCAGAUGCAGUCAGCAUGUGGAACAUCAGUCCAGAGGAGAGGUUGAAACAUGAUAAACAGUUUAACUCUCUGACACCUAUCCUGGGAUACAUAUCGGGUGAACAGGCGAGUCAGUUCUUCCUCCAGUCUGGUCUUCCUCCUUCAGUCCUGGCUGAGAUCUGGUCCCUAGCUGAUAUGGGUAGUGAUGGGAGGAUGGACCAACUAGAGUUCUCUAUUGCCAUGAAGCUGAUUAAACUGAGGCUGCAGGGGCGGGGCCUUCCCCCCUCUCUACCAAUCAGCAUGAAGCAGCCACCCACUGCCACGCCCACCUCCAUUAUGAAGUCUUCAGCAUGCUUCGGUAUGGGCUCGAUGCCAAAUCUGUUCGUCGGCAUGCCCGUCCUGACCCCGAUGCCCCUUAACCCCACCCUGACCUCUGUGCCCUCCCUGGUUCCCAUGACGAUGCCGCUGGCCAAUGGCAACUCCAGCCUCCUCAACCCAUCUCCAUUUAGCACCACUCCAGCACUCCCUCUGUCCUGCUUCUCCUCUCCAAUGGCAUUCUCUCCAUCUGCUGGGAUUUCCAAGGCUAACUCCCUAUUGGAUCUGUCCUCUAGCAGUUCUAACUCCUCCUCCACCACCUCCCUGGCCAGUAACUCUCCCAAGACGUGCUCUUGUGAUUGGUCCGUUCCCCAGUCCACCAGGCUGAAGUACAGACAACAGUUUAACAGUCUGGACAAGCUGAUGAGUGGAUACCUCUCUGGCCCUCAGGUGAGGAAUGCCCUCACUGCCUCCAACCUGACCCAGACACAGCUAGCUACCAUCUGGACCCUGGCUGACGUGGAUAAGGACGGUCAGCUGAGAGCUGAGGAGUUUAUUCUGGCCAUGCACCUGGUAGACAUGGUUACGACAGGAUGUCCGCUACCCCUCACCCUGCCCUCAGACCUGGUACCCCCCUGUCUUAGAGAUAGCAGGCCAGUAGAGAUGUUGAAUGGAACUGGGCCCUAUCACUCCACUGGCCUGAUAGACGGGACAGCAGAGCUUGAACCUGCACACAAGAACAAGAACAAUGUAUCGUAUGAGGACCGUCUGAAGGAAAACUUUGCGCGAGGCAGCGCUGAGCUGGAGAAGCGUCGUCUGGCUCUAGAAGAUAAACAGAGGAGGGAGGUGGAGAUGAGAGAGAGGGAGGCCAGUGAGGCGCAGGGGAUGAGAGAGGUGUGGGAGCAGGAGCAGGAGAACAAGAGACAACAAGAAGAGGAGAGACAGAGAGAGAGAAAGGAGGUGGGACCAGUGUUCAUUUUGUCAACAAAAAUAGACUCACAUAUUUGCGAAACACAUUUCACCUUUCAAUGA